AUGCUAUGUAGUGGUUUUAUGGCUAAAGUAAUGAAAGGAAAAAAGACGCAAUCAUCAUCAGUUCAAAUACUUUCUCAAACUCCGACAACAUCAAUUGUAUCAAAUUCAACAUCAACUGAAAUUGAAAAUUGUUCAACAAAUCAAUUAUCAUCAUCAUCAUCGUCAUCUAUUCCAUUAAAUGUAAUUAACAAUAAUUUAACAAUAAAAAAACUUGUCGAUGUAUCACCGACAUCAUCACCACCACCACCAACAACAACAAAUAUCGAUGAUAAAACAACAAUGCAAUUACCACGUAGUUUAAUUAAUGAAAAUAAACCUAUUACAUUAAAUUUUCAAAUACAACCUAUUUCACAUAUAAAAACAUCACCAACUAGUUCAUUAUCAAUACAAUCAUCGAUUGAAAAUUCAACUAUAAAUGAUACCAAUAACAAUGAUAAUAAUAUUCUUAGUACACCAAAUGUAAAUGAUCAAAUUCAUACAUUAUUAACAUCGAAUCCAGUUGUUACUGAUUAUAAUAUUGGUCCAUCGAAUACUACAACAGUACCAACAACAACUUCAUCAUCAUCAUCAUCAUCAACAACAACAAAUAAAUCAGCAAUGAAUUAUGUUGAACAGUCUCAUUAUGCUUCAUAUAGAACACCGCAAACAUCAGUAUCUCAAUCAACACUUCCUUCCUAUCAUGAUUCUAUUGUUAAAUCUUCACCAACAUCAAAUAAUUUUGUGCCAACAAUAAAUAUAAAUGGUGUAGAUUGGACAACAAAUCGAUCGAGUAAUUUUACAUUUCAACCAUCAUCAUCAUCAUCAUCAUGUAUUAAAGAUGAACCACAAGAUUAUCCAAUGGUAAAUGGUAAUAUUCAAACAAAUCAUUUUGUUAAACCAAGAACUUAUACAACUCGACCAUCUAAAACUCCAUUACAUGAACGACCAUUUCCAUGUCCUGUUGAUCAAUGUCCAAGAAGAUUUUCACGAUCAGAUGAAUUAACAAGACAUAUUCGAAUUCAUACAGGUGAUAAACCAUUUCAAUGUAAAAUUUGUGAACGAGCUUUUUCAAGAUCUGAUCAUUUAACAACACAUAUUCGAACACAUACUGGAGAAAAACCAUUUUCAUGUGAUACAUGUGGUCGUCGUUUUGCUCGAUCCGAUGAACGUAAACGUCAUGGAAAAGUUCAUCAAAAAUUACGCAAUACAAAUCUAAUACAUCAUUCAUCACAACAACUUAAUUCAUUAUCUAUUUUAACAAAUAAUUUAUUAACAAAUAUAAAAGAAGAUGAAACAAAUGAUUAUGAAGAUAGUUCAUCUCAACAUAGUAUGAAUGAUUCAAAUGAACAUCAACAUUUUCAAUUACAAACUCAUUUACAUAAUCAUUGGGCAUAG